AUGGGAGCUCUGAGGAGGAAGGCCUGGGAUGAGGACCCCAGGGGAGCGCACCUCAAGUUGCACACCCUGUAGAACAGGUGGGCUCUGUGGUUCUUCAAGAACGACCGUAGCCGGGCCUGGCAUGACAACCUGCAACUGGUCACCAAGGUGGACACUGUGGAGGACUUCUGGGCGAUGUACAGUCACAUCCAGCUAGCCAGCAAGCUCUCCAGUGGCUGCGACUAUGCACUGUUCAAGGAUGGCAUUGAGCCCAUGUGGGAAGACAGCAGGAACAAGCGGGGUGGCCGCUGGCUCAUAAGCCUGGCCAAGCAACAGCGCCACAGUGACCUGGACAGACCGUGGCUGGAGACGCUGCUGUGUCUGAUCGGGGAGAGCUUUGAGGAACACAGCAGGGAGGUGUGUGGAGCUGUACUUAACAUCCGCACCAAAGGGGACAACAUCGCUGUGUGGACCCGGGAGGCCGAGAACCAGACAGGCGUGCUGCACAUUGGGCGGGUGUACAAAGAACACCUGGGGCUCUCCGCUGAGACCAUCAUCGGCUACCAGGCGCAUGCUGACACGGCCACGAAGAGCAACUCCCUGGCCAAGAACAAGUUCGUGGUGUGA